UUUCAAAAUCACUUUCUAUAAACUAAGUUAAGUUUGUUCAGCUAAUCUAUUACCAUUCGGUUAUCAAUGCCAAACAACAGUGAUGAUCUGGAGGAGGAACGUGAAAGGUGGACAGAAAUGGAGAGUGAGUGGAUAUCUUUAACAGAUGAUCUACGAAUGGAUAUUGAUAACCACCGUAGACACGCAGAGGAUCUGGAGAUAAAACUCAGAAAAGAGAAAACGGCUUCGGAGGAGCUAAACGACGCUCUUGGUAGAGCCAUGCUUGGUCACAGUAGAUUCAUUGAGCAGUACACUGAGCUCCAGGAGAAGUAUGAUGAGUUAGUUGAGAGGCAUAACGUGACGUUGGCGGGAAUAGUUGAUGUGAAGAAAGCAGCGGCUAAAGCUGCAGUGAAAGGUCGUCAUGGGAAGAGUUUUGCCAAAGCCUUUUCAGCUGAGCUUACUGCUAUUAGAGCUGAGAAGGAGAAAGAAAGAGAGUUCUUGAAGAAGGAGAACAAGGGACUUAAGAUUCAGCUGAGAGAUACCGCUGAAGCUGUUCAAGCUGCUGGAGAGAUACUGAUCAGACUCAGAGAAGCUGAGCAAUAUGUACAAUCCUCUGAGGAACGUUUCAGCUUACUUGAAGAAGAGAAUGCAAAGUUAAAGAUGCAGAUGGAGAAGUUAAAGGGCAAGCACCAGACAGAAAUGAGUACAAUGAAGCAAUAUCUUGCGGAAAGCAAAUUGCCAGGGUCUGCAUUACAGCCAUGGUUCACGGGGAAUGAGGAACAUUUAUCAGAAGACAGAACCGGUUUGGUCAAGGAGAAUGAAGAACAAACAUAUAAAAGGAAUAGGCUUAUAUCAUAUAAAUCAACGGUUUAAAUAACAAUAUAUAAAAUAAAAGGUAAACAAACAUAUAAAAGGAAAAAUAAUAUAAGCUAACAAAAUCGAUUACAAUUGCUUUUUAAAUAUUAUUCAUAUUAUCAUAGUCAAAUUAGAAAAAUACAUUAGAACAAAUUAAUCAAAAGUUUGUUGAACUUUAAAUAAUAUUAUAUGA